GCGUGCUCCUCCAGCGGGGAACUUGUCGGCGAGGGGGGAAAUUUUGCAAGUCAUGGUGGGCCAUCCAAGACGAGCGGGCUAUGACAACAUUAGGGAAAUCUAUGGACAAGAAGUUGCUUUUUGCUGAUGUGAUUAAGGAAUGCUAUUAAUGUGUAACAUCCAGGCGCUGACAUCUUUGUAUCAGUAAUCUCUUCAAAUCGGAAAAGCUUUGAGAGACUGAAAACUAAAUGGUGGAUCCAGGUGUCUGCUUGAUAGAGUAGACAUUCGCCGCUGAGGGCAUAGGAACCGUCAUUCAUUUUCCUUUAGAUUUUUUUGUUGCCUAUGUGUAACAGGCCAAUGUCUGUGUGAAAACAGGAAAUAAUCUUUUUUUAUUGUGUCUUCUUUACAUUUUUAUUCCUCUUAUGGAUUAUACAAAACACUGACUGCAAGUGUUCCAGCCUUACCCUUGUUUGUGUUAGAUUUUUGUUUUUGUUUUUUGUUUUCAUUUUUGUUUCCUUUGCAAAGAAAUGCUUUACCUGAAAAAGUACUUCACAGAGGGUCUGAUUCAGUUCACUAUCCUCCUGAGUCUCAUUGGGGUGCGGGUGGACGUGGACACCUACUUAAGCAAUCAGCUUCCCCCGCUCCGUGAAAUUAUCCUGGGCCCUAGCUCAGCCUACACCCAGACGCAGUUCCACAACCUCCGCAACACCCUGGACGGCUAUGGCAUCCAUCCAAAAAGUGUGGACCUGGACCACUUUUUUGCCAUUCGUCAGCUACUGAACCAGGUGCACUCUCUAGAUCACCUGCGCGUGCCCAGUACUGAGCUGAGUGCUUGGUUGGUGCACCGUGACCCAGAGACUGUGGUGUCUGCAACCAGCCAGUCCGGUCCCAGCAUUGCCCUGGACAAUGGGGGUAGUCUGGAGGAUGUGAACAACCCUGAAGCCUCGGCCAUGAGAGGGGCCGGCAGUGCUUCUGAGUCGACCUACAGCCUUAGUGGAGAGGACAGUUUGGGUGCAGUGGCACCUGAGAACAGCCAGGAGCAAGCAGACAGAGAGGAUAACGAUGAUCUUUCUAAAGAGGACAUAGACCUUAUAGAUAUCCUCUGGAGGCAGGAUAUUGACCUCGGGGCUGGACGGGAAGUGUUUAACUACAGCAACAGACAGAAGGAUGGUGAAGCAGAUAAGCCUAAUGAGGAGCACGAGGAGGCAAGUGUACGAGAGGACUGGAGAAAUGGAAUCAAUCUGCAGGAGGGUCAGAGCUUGACUGUUGUGGAUGGAGAGACUGGAGAGAGCAUACCUGAACAGCUCUCCAGCCUUGGUGCACAGACCUCAAUGUCCCUGCAAGAAUGCCUGAGGCUUCUAGAGGCCACUUUCCCUUUUGGAGAGGAAUCAGAGUUCCAGGCUACAGAUGCUGCCCCUCAGCUGAGCGGUUCAACUGAAGAUGUUCCUUCAACAUCUCAGAGGCUUCCGUUGCCAGACUCUUUACCCCAAUCUGACGUACCACUGGAUCUGGAACAGCAAUGGCAGGAUAUUAUGGCUAUCAUGGAACUGCAGGACAUGGACGUGAAUAAUACAGCAGAGAACAGCACCCUAAACAGCCAAAAUAACACUGGUCCUAAUACCACAGAAUCAGGCACAGUGGCAAAUUUUGGUCUUUCGCGAUCCAGUCUCAUCAACCAGGAUGUGAGCCUCCACCAGGCCUCUCUCCCAAGCUGUAGCCAGGAUCUUCCCUCUCUUUUCAACCCAGAACUUGAUCCCUCUGCAGGGCAGCGACCUGCCCUGCUUAGGCUUGCAUCCAGCAAUUCGUCUAACAUCAACUCAACAUUUGGAGCCACUAACCUUACUGGUCUCUUCUUGCCACCGCUUCUCAACAGCACCAGUAACCUAACCUCCACCCCAGUGUUGCCUGAUCCCUUUACCAGCCUGUUAGAGGAAUCCAUGCUGGAUGAAAUUAGCCUGCUCGACCUUGCCAUGGAAGAAGGGUUUAGCCAGGCCCAAGCCUCUCAGCUGGAACAUGAGCUUGAUUCAGACUCGGGUCUCUCUUUGGACUCUGGCCACAGCCCAGUCUCUCCCAGCAACUCGGAGACAUCCUGUUCCUCAGCUGCCUCAACCUCCUCCACUUCUGCCACUUUCUCAGAGGAAGGGGCAGUGGGAUACAGUACAGAUUCAGAAGCGGCCACAGCUGAAGCAGAGGAGGGAGCUGUCGGAGGCUACCAGCCAGAGUACAGCAAGCUGUGUCGCAUGAGCUACCAAGAUCCCUCUCAUUUCCAUGGCUUACCACAGAUGGACAGCAUUAAUCACAACCACACCUACAAUCUACCACUGGCAUCAUCAUCAUAUCCUGAGCAUUCUCAGUUGCUGGGAUCCUGCAGUAAAAAGGGCAGAGACAAGCAACUGCAACAAACAAAACUGCAGCCACCACGGGAUUUCAUCGACAAGCAAUCCAGUCGUGAUGAACGUCGGGCCAGGGCUAUGAAGAUUCCCUUUUCCAAUGAUAAAAUUGUUAACCUUCCUGUGGAGGAGUUCAACGAGCUCCUGUCGAAGCACCAUCUCAGCGAGGCCCAACUUUCCCUUAUUCGUGAUAUCCGGAGGCGUGGAAAAAACAAAAUGGCUGCACAGAACUGUCGCAAACGCAAGCUGGAUACCAUCAUCAACCUUGAAAAAGGUGUGCAGGAUCUGCGGCGUGACAAGGCACGGCUGCUGAAGGAGAAGGUGGAGUACCUGCGCUGUAUCAGACAGAUGAAGCAGAAGGUGGAGAGCCUUUCUCAGGAAGUAUUGAGCCAGCUGCGUGAUGAAGAAGGCAGACCUUACCCUGCCAGCGAGUAUUCCCUACAGUACGGUACUGAUGGUAGUGUUCUCAUCAUGCCUCGCAGCAUGGCUGCAGAGGAAGGCCGUAAGCCUGACAAGAAACAGAAGGACAAAAAGAAGUGAGAAGCUUGACCUGCUUUGUUCUUUUGUUGCAAAAGGCCCCACCACACAAAAAAAAGAUUUUUAAAAGGUGGAAGAAAUAUGUCCUUUUUUCUUUGAGAAGAUUCUAGCAAGGAAAAGAAAAUUGCACUGUCGGUUACUAUUCCUGCAUUAGGUUUUCUUCCUUUUUCUUUCUUUGGUUCAGAAGUUUUCUCCAGAAAACAAAUUUGAAGAAGUGCUUUUUAAGUACUGAUUAUUCAUUGUUUUACUUGGAACACGAACAGAAUAAACAAAGAAUAGGAUAGGGCGGAUUGGUGGAAUCUAAAGAGAGUGAAAAAAGGUGAACCGCUACUAUGAAGGACACUGACAAAUGAGUAAUAAAGUGAAUAGAUUGAGGAAUCGACCUUAAUUUCAGCCAGGACCCCAGAAACAAAAUGAAUGUGGGCUUGUUGAGAAUCGUCAGCCUUGGCCUGUGGUGUCUGAGCAUACCCUGAUGGUAGUCCUGUGAUAGUCAUCUGAUGAUGAUGAUGAUGAUGAAGAAGAAGAAGGAAUUUCUUUCUGAAGAAGAAAAGUGGAGAAAAGCUGCAAGUUGGAACCUGAACGUUUGAAGUGUGGUAAAACCAAAGGCAAAAAGAAGCAUGCCAAUACUAACCAAAGGUGGUGUUGUGCAUUUCUCUUGUUCCUAAUUCCAUCAAUGUGGUUACUUGGUGCGUCUAAACCAAUGUAUUUUCAAUCACCCAUACAGGAAAAAAAUAAGCAACAAAAAUUUUUCAUUGGACACUUACAUGAAACCCAACUUAGGUUUACCUGGAUAUUAUGCCAAUUGUCAUGGAACUGGGAAAGUGUAAAAGAGCAGUGAAGAAGUCUGGAUUAAUCCUUGAAGACGGAAAUGAAAGCUGGAGGUACAGAGUAUAUACUGAGUAAGGAUGCACACUGCAUUACUAACAAGUCAAAUUCUGUGCUCUGCUCAAUGCUGUAAAUCAUCUCUGUGGCUUGGCUGUGAGCUCUCAGUCUUUAACAGUCCUUCCUCCUCUGCAGGUUUGAGAGUGAAAAUGCCCUCCUUGCAAGGCUUUCAUUGUUACCCUCCCAAGUCCAUAAACUUGAAUAAGCUGCAGGGCAUGUAGGCCUGAAUUCUGUCAAGAGUGUUUCACUUACUUUUUAAACCACUGGGUAAUGGCCAUUCUGAGGGAAAAAAUCUGUACAGAGUUAAGCUGAACUUCAGCUUCAGUCACCUGCUUUUUCAUUUCUGACUCAUUAUUGGACUGCUGUGUUGCUAAAGCAACAAGAGCUAACUACAAAUCACAUUCUUUCUGUUGCAGUGGUUACUUCUGGAAGAAUGAUUUCUGUUUUUGGAUGCGGUUUCUGUUUGAUUAUGAUAUGGACAAUGAACAAGAUACUCAUACUCUGAAAUCUAGAGAUCUAGCAACAGGUUUAGUUCACAUCAUUUAGAGCACAGUUCUGUAGUAGCUGCGUCCAAGAAGUCGACUGAUGUCAUGUAGAUGUGUGAGGUGAAUUAUUGUCAUUUUUUUCAUAAGCAUUUUUUUCUUUUUCAUGUGUAACUCCCCCUGGUAAAUCGUUUUAUUCUGGACACUACCAUCUUUUCCUGUUUAGAGGUGAAAGCUGCUUAGCAUGUACCACUGUCAAACUGGAUCAUGCUCAAAUGCAGCACAAAGAGAUGCUUUCGAACUAUCCAGGAGACUGGCAUAUUUGUGAAAUAUAAUCUCUGUAAAAGGGGAGUGCAAGCUUCUGCACUAAUAAGAAUGCAUAAUCUCCAUCAAAUAGGUGCAUCUUCAUAAUUCUCUCCUAUUUUCCAUUGCUCACAUUUUCACUGAGCACAUAUAGCCAUGUGGCACUGUCUGUGUCUGGUUUGGUGCAAAGUGCAAUAUGCAAGGGGGAAAAAAAAAGUAAUUUUGUCUCGAAAAUUGACAAGAAGGAGACAACCUUUAAGAUUAUUACUAGGUUUGGAGUAGAUCAAAUGGAAGAAAAUGCAUUAUUUAAAAAAAAUAAUGAUCAGGCAUGAAAAUCAUGCUUAAGAUACUUAGGUGACAAAUAUGUACUUAAAAUUCCUGGUCUUAUGCUAACACUACUUGUCGUGAUGCACUUUUUUAUGUCUUGUUUGUUUUGUAAAUAUGUUUAUGUUAUUUGUGUUGAUUUUAAGAAAAUUUUGUCUUUUUUGUUUUACCAGGCCUUAUUAACCCUGCUUUGAUUUUUUUUUUUCCUUGUUUAGUUUACUUUGAAAGAUUUGCUGGCAAUCUGGAAUUAUUCCUUUAUUGAUUAAUAAACGUUCUCUUUUUUUGUUUUUUUUUUUGUUUUGUUUUUUUUUUUAUUUUCAACAGUGA